UCACAGUACUUUGACUGAAAAGUAUCGUAAUUCUAUUAUCAAAAUGUCUGGUCGUGGUAAAGGUGGUAAAGUGAAGGGAAAGUCAAAGACUCGAUCAACGCGGGCUGGACUUCAGUUCCCAGUUGGUCGUAUUCAUCGAAUGCUCCGAAAAGGCAAUUAUGCUGAACGUGUUGGUGCUGGAGCUCCAGUAUACUUGGCAGCCGUCAUGGAAUACUUAGCGGCAGAAGUUCUCGAAUUGGCAGGUAAUGCUGCCCGUGACAACAAGAAAACGAGGAUUAUUCCUCGCCAUCUCCAACUUGCCAUUCGUAAUGACGAAGAAUUGAACAAACUCCUCUCUGGAGUUACCAUUGCACAAGGUGGUGUAUUGCCUAACAUACAAGCAGUACUUUUGCCCAAGAAAACUGAGAAGAGCAGCGCUUAAACUCACAUCAAACCAAACGGCCCUUUUUAGGGCCA